AUGCCUACUGGUGAUUGGUCUAGUAUGCUUACUGAUGAUUGGUCUAGUAUGCUUACUGAUGAUUGGUCUAGUAUGCCUACUGAUGAUUGGUCUAGUAUGCCUACUGAUGAUUGGUCUAGUAUGCUUACUGAUGAUUGGUCUAGUAUGCCUACUGAUGAUUGGUCUAGUAUGCCUACUGAUGAUUGGUCUAGUAUGCCUACUGAUGAUUGGUCUAGUAUGCCUACUGGUGAUUGGUCUAGUAUGCCUACUGGUGAUUGGUCUAGUAUGCCUACUGAUGAUUGGUCUAGUAUGCCUACUGAUGAUUGGUCUAGUAUGCCUACUGAUGAUUGGUCUAGUAUGCUUACUGAUGAUUGGUCUAGUAUGCCUACUGAUGAUUGGUCUAGUAUGCCUACUGAUGAUUGGUCUAGUAUGCCUACUGAUGAUUGGUCUAGUAUGCCUACUGGUGAUUGGUCUAUUAUGCCUACUGAUGAUUGGUGUAUGUGCGAUAUUUCAGUGUCGGCAGACGAGUGUACCAACUACGAGACCCUUAUAGAGGAACAUAGAAGUACCGUCUCUGUACCUGAGGCAACCGACAGACUUCUUUGUGACAGGUCAUUGCCGGUAAAAUGGUAUCGUUUCUCAAAUGGCGAUAUGCCAACGUCUUGCGUUCCAAUCUACCACUGUGGAACACAAAUCCCAAUAUGGUUAGACGGACAGCUUCCUACAUCACAGGGAACAAUAGUUACCUUAAAGGCGUGUUAUAACUAUGGCCAAAGUGUUAGUCCGGCCUCUUAUGCAGGGUCUCCUUGCUGUCAUUCAUCACGACAGAUACAAGUGAAGAACUGUGGGAGUUUCAACGUGUACCAUUUAUCUAGAACAACUGCAUGUCCUAUGGCCUACUGCGCAGGUAACAAACCUGUGUGUAAAAUUGGACAGUCUAAUAUUGGAACGGGAAAUUGUACAGAUUUGUAUCCCAAACUAUCCUAUUACCGUCGAUGCACAGGGCAAUACUGUGAAUUCGUGUAGUCAACUGGCACUGUCAAAUUCCCGUGUCAUAUACCUUACCCUAAAGGAGAACCAGAUGUGGCUUUCGAGGUCACGUGGACAUCGAACGGUUCCGAUCCUAUCCUGAUUCCAGGAACACAAACACCUGUUGUGACUGUCCUUACUGGUAACGAUCGGGACGCAUAUCUUGAUGGCAAAUAUAUGAAAGGUCAUAUGGGCACAACAUUGCAGUGUACAGUUAGGUCCUACCAUGCCAGUACGCCCGGAGUGAAAAGUGACGCACUCCAAAGUAACGAAUUCUGGGCGGGAAUACAGGUGCACAACAAUUCCAUCACCGUAGAUGAGAAAGGACCUGAGCAAGAGGUCACGUUAGAGUCAACCGUUCCAAUUGCCUGUAAUAGCCAAUACCAACAGACGUGCAUGAUAAAUGUUGAGAUGAAGGCCAGCUCAGAUCCGAACGAUGUUUCAACAAGAGAUUGUACCUACCCAUUGAUAUGUGAUCCAGCUACUCAGACUUACAAGACCACAAUUAAGAUGGUAGCAACACGUGACUUCGUUAAAGAUGGCAAUCAGUUGCACGAGCUCGCAUUCCUUCCGAUUCAAAACCCAAUUUCCAAUCCAAUGUGGGACGGUUACAUAGUGAAGCCAAUUGAGAUAAGAUCUAUAGACAGACCUCAUGGUUUAUGUUCCACCACUGGAGAUCCACAUGUCUUUCAAAUUGACAGCUCAAGAAACAUUGCCGUACACGAGGUUGGGGAUAUGAUAUUCUAUAAAAGCCUGAUAAGACCAUUUGAGGUCCAAAUUCGGACAUGGGGUUGUGGCUCGUUCAUGCCUUGCAUCUGCGCUGUAAUAGCUCGUGAGGGAAACGACAUUGUACAAGUGGACAUGUGUGCUAAACGCCUUAAUCAGUUGGCAGCCCCACACCUUUCUCAUUGGCCGUUAAAGGGAACGACAGUUGACAAAGAUUCUACUGGAAAACAGUUUGAUAUUAAUUUCCCUUCUGGGGACCAUCUUGUAGUGAAGGCAAACACGUACACCACGGGUAAAAAUGAGGUAGAUGGCUUUCUGACGUUAUCACUCCAAGUGCCACCAGACGACCUCGGGAAUGCUAUUGGUCUGUGCGGUACAUAUGAUAACAAUAGAUACAAUGAUCUCGUAGGAGCAGAUGGGCAUUUAUACACGAAACAAACAACAGGCAGAUUUGUCCACACCUGGCUUGUAAAUCCUGGUAGCAGUAUGUUUGACCAGAAACCAGCAUACUCGCCGUCACUUGCCAUUAAUAACACAAACUACUGUCAAUGUGAACACCAUCAAGCCGACUGCACUAAAUCCAAGGCCAACAAUCCACUAGCACAGCAAUGUGGGAACAUGCCAUGUACUAAUAUUGGAACUCACGGAGUACACCCACGUGAACUGGAUUAUCCAGUAGAUUCUGGGACUAGGCGUGACAUUAUUUCAGUGAACACACGUGUAUUUAGAACGUUGCCGACCUCUAACGGUAUGACAGAAAGUAAAGCUAUUCGGUCGUGUACGGACUCCAUCCACACAUCUACACUGUAUUCCCGGUGCCAGUACGUCCUGUUGUCCGAAACUAUUGAUUAUUACAUCGACGCAUGUGUGAAGGACAUGAUGUACUCAGGCAGUGACGUUUUCAACAUUGCCCAUAUGAAUGCUUUCGACUUUGAAUGUCAAGACACUGUUCUCCGCAAUGUGAGCAACUAUAUCAAAGGUUCAGGCGGAGAGAGGAUCCCACCUGCUGACGUCACAAAUCAUGUGUGUCGAAAUCAAUGUAGUAGACGUGGAACCUGUUACGAGGGCGCCUGCACGUGUCAGUCCGGAUAUACAGGCGACGAUUGUUCUAUUCCAGUAGGUGUUGCCCCGAUCGCUAGCCAUAUUCUCGGUGAUGGCCUGUGUGACGUCAGAGACAGGAAAUGUAUGAAGGUGCAAAUAAUUGCGCAGCAUCUUAAAGCUGGAUCAGGACUCGGGUGUCGUUACAAAAAAACAGAGCAUGGAAAUGGACAAAUUGUACCAUAUGGACAGAACAUUGAUGUCUCUGCCUCCUUUACCAGUUUCUUAGAGGUCGAAUGUAGCCUACCUGCAAGCAAUGUAUUAACUAAAAGACGUCCUAGUGAAGCCUUUGUAGUAUCUGUAACAACUGACGGGAUAUUGUAUAGUUCUGGCCUUACCUUUCUUAUCUACGACGGUACAUGUCAAAUAUGUACUAUCGAUGGAAACUGCACACUAAAGGACAACACUUGUCUGAUUGACAACGUAUGUCGUGUGACCGGAGAACAGAGUUCUGAUGGUGGUUACUGUGACCCUACAAAUGACCCACAAUCGUGGACUAGAAAUCCAGCUGUGUCAGAGAUAAAUCACUUCACGGCGUCAGGUUCUGGAUGUCAAUGUGGCUAUGACAAAGCCAGAUUUGAUUGUGCCUGCUGUACCAAUAAUGGCUGUCAGUGUGGAGAUGUUAAACCCCAUGUAUGUACCAACUGUAUGCAUCUCGCCUCCUGUGCGUCUUACCCUGACGUCAUUGUUGUAAACUGA